AUGUUUGAUGGAAAUAUUCUACACUCUUCAAAUUUCAUCCUAGAGAAACUUCGCGGACUUCCAUGGCUUUUUUUUGUGGUGAUAAGCCAAACAAGCUGUCGUGUCAAGAUGGCCACGCCACCGGAUGGACUUGAACAGAGAAUACGCACAAUGACGAGAUCGGGUAGGUCCGUCAAGCCACCUAUUCGUUACGAACCAGAUUCCGACCAAGUGAUGGAAGACGAUUUUAGCGGAGAAGAAGAUGGCGACUGGGGGUGUAUAGAGGAGGCACAGACCGAAGUGGGUAGUGACAACCAUCAAACGACGGACUCGGAACAAAGCGAGUGCUCAAGCGAGUGCUCAAGCGAGUUCACCCAAUCCGAUUCUGAUGACAGCUCCUACCAAUCCACUUCUUCGGACUCGAGCUCGUCCGAGGAAGAAAGCGACUACACCAGCGACACUCUGGUAGACGAAGCAGAUGGCGAACAAGAAGAAGAUGACGUCGACGAAGUACUCAAGUGGGAAACGCUCACUGUCGACGCGUCUGAUGGCUACUCGUCUGCAGACGACCAAGAUUUGUAA